UGUCACACUUCAUUGGCCUACUUUGUAGCAUAUAUGAAACCAUGGAUGAAGAAUCAAACAGAGAAACAAGGGAGGUGGGAGAAGUUAAAUAUAGAGGUGUUCGGAAGAGGCCAUGGGGAAAGUUUGCGGCGGAGAUUCGCGACUCGGCUAGGCACGGUGCCCGCGUGUGGCUGGGAACAUUUAACACGGCGGAGGAAGCUGCCCGGGCCUAUGACCGGGCUGCUUAUUCCAUGAGGGGUCACUUAGCCAUCCUCAACUUUCCUGAAGAAUACAAUUUGCCUAGUAGUGGUGCCUCUUCUUCUUCGUCUUCAAUGCCCGGGAAUGCGGAGGGAAGAGGAAGAAGUACUGAGCAUGGAAAACAAGUGUUCGAAUUCGAGUACUUGGAUGAUAAGUUGCUGGAGGAACUUCUUGAUGAUGGUGAGAAGAAGAGCAACAAAGACUGAAGUUUCUGCUAAUCUGAAGUCUUCAAAGCUUAAUGUCAACAUAACUACAUAAAUUUUCUUAUCUUCUCUCUCUCACAUCCUUUUAGACUUUUCAUUUUACUCUAAAAAAGAAUUUGCUUUAUGCUUAUAUUUUGUAAAGAUAAGAGAAUGCUUUUUUUUUUUUUUUU